AUGCGUUGGAAGAUGGAGGAGACUGCGCACGACGUUAUCAGCGGCACUUUGCCACCGCUUGGAGCGAAUGAAGUUGAGCUGGUAUUGCCUGAUUUUAGAGGCAAGAUCAUUGAACCUUGUUCUCAACUCUUAAAGGACGGGGACCCUGACAACAAGAUGCACGAGCUACAAAACAUAACCAUGUAUUCGGAUUGGAAGGAACUUCCAAAUAUCCGAUUUCGUAUCAUGAUGUUCCCGGUUUGCCCUCACUCCGACAUAGGUACGGACGUUUCGGAAUUCCGAAUCUCUGCCUACGUCGAGGCUGGGCGUAAGGAAGACUGGCCGGAAAACUGGAUAUGUUACGGCACACGCUUUUGCCUAUUUGUAAUAAACCAUAAAAACCUGCACUUGUCCGUUUACAAAAAGGAUACAUUCAGUUUUUCAAGUUCUGAGUCUGACCGAGGCUGGCAGGGCAUACUCACUCAUGCCCAGCUCGUAGAGGAAGGAUUCCUGAGCAGCAAAGGCGACCUCCUGCUGCGUGCAGGCGUAUAUCCCAUGGGUGCUGAGGUUAAUCGGGCAUCUCGUGAUCACACAUACGACUGUCGCAAGGCCACUGGAUUCGUAGGGUUGCAGAACCAUGGUGCGACUUGCUAUAUGAAUGCGCUUCUUCAGAGUCUCUACAGCAUCACUAAGUUCCGUAAGGCGGUUUAUCUUCUAAAUUUUCGCCUAGACGAAAUGAUAGGGCCGCACUCUUAUGAGAUUAUGAAGCGACUAGAGGCCCGCAUGCCGAACUAUUUUUCGUCUAUCACCUCUCAGUCGGACAACUACAAGAGCGGCAAAAGGAAGUCACAUGAAAGUGCUGAUUCACCCUUUGGCCACGAAGCCGACAUUGAGGGACGUGCGGAAUGGCCGUUCGAUCUGGAUCUCGAUGAAAACGAAUGCUGCGCUAUAUUGAUGGAAGAAGAGGAGGAGCAGAAAAAAGUACCAAGUGUUGGUCUUGCCCUACAGAAUCUUUUUUAUAAACUGCGUUACUCUCCUCACGCACCUCCUUGUAAGGAGCUUAUGCGGUCUUUUGGUUGGGAUUCCUCGGACAUGUUCACGCAGCAGGACUCCCACGAGCUUUUGAAGCUGUUAUUAGAUAAGAUGGAAGAGCAGAUGAAGGGCACGCCUGUGGAAGGAUCUGUGAAACACAUUUUUGAAGGAGAGAUGGAAACUUACAUUGAGUGCAUAGACAUCGACUACAAGUCGUGUCGUUUGGAGACGUUCGAAGACAUCCAGCUUGACAUACAAGGUUGCUCGGACAUUUACGACUCACUGAAAAAGCUGACAGAAGCCGAAAUUCUGGACGGGGAGAACAUGUACGAGGCGGAGGGUCACGGCAAACAACGAGCUCGUAAAGGCAUCCGCUUCCGCAAAUUCCCACCGGCGUGCAUCUUCCUGCUGAAAAGAUUUACCUUCGACUUACAACGCAUGGAUACCGUGAAGCUGAAUGAUCGCUUCGAAUUUUACAAGGAGAUAGAUCUCUCUCCCUUCAAUCCAAACGCGGGCAAGUACGUCUUGCAGGCAGUCUCGGUACAUCACGGUUCUAUCAACAGCGGACACUACUACGCUUUUGCCGCCUCUGAGAAGGGUGAAUGGUAUCGUUUUGAUGACGAGAACGUAUCUAGGGUUAGUGAGUAUGCGGUUAUUGGCGACAAUUUCGGCGGUGAGGAGCCGGAUUGCUUUAACUAUUGUGCAUCAGAUGGGGACAUAACAGUCGCUCCGUUCCGCAGACCAAAGAAUUACAAUGCCUACAUUCUCAUUUACGUAUUGAAAAGCGCAAUUGACGACAUCCUAGGCCCAUGCGACCCAGUGAAGGAGAACUAUAGCGUGAUAGCCCGCUGUUGUUUGCAGGAACGCUUGAAUGUAGUUCGUCAUCGUGUGAGGGAGCGACUGAGCCAAUUUAUAAAAGUGAAAGUGUUUGAAAAAUCGGAUUUUGAAGGCCUUAAAUUUUUGGACCAGCCCUUUAUCGGUUGGUUGGGAGGCACUGUCAUUACUUUCGAGCGCUCUACUACUCUCACUGAUGCGUUGCGUAACCUUUGCAACGCGGUUGGAGCACCCUGCGGUAACGAUGCUUCUGCAUCAGAGAAUUUCCACAUUAUGGGUCUCAACAGGGCCUUGAAUCGUUUUUGCUGCCUGGCUGAUAUACGAAAACAUGACCGGUCUGCAGAUACCUUGCAAUCGCUGAUUUCUCAUAUCCGCCGUGAUGUGUUCCAGGUGUACGACCCGACACUGUACAUCCUCUACGUGCCCAGACCGGCGCCGCACAUUUCGACUUCCACCCCUCACUUGCUGGCUUUCUUGAAGUAUUUUGACAUAUUCUGUGAUCAGCCUGGAGGUGACAGUUUGAUAUGCGUAGACAUUGUCUACCUCUCACCGGAUCGAUCGAUUUCACAGGUCGGGGCCGCAGUGCUGCGCAAGGUGUUGCAGUUGAUGAGCCAAGAUGUGGUCACUCCACACAAUAUGUUCGCUAUUGAACGUGCUCUAUCUCGCAUAGAGGCCAUGGAUGUAAACGACAAAUCUAUGCGCGAUGUUGAUUUCGCUGUCGAACAGAUUAUUCACGAGGAGUCACUCCACUUAAAUUGGUACGUUGAGUUGUCCGGGAUGUACGAGACUCUGACUCUAAGCAAGACUUUACGUGAGCAGCAGUUGACCAACGGCAACUUGUUGGUCUUUAACUUCCGCCCUACCGAGGCGAUGCAUCGUAUGAUUGAAGAAACGGACUCUAAGUUCACGCAAAAGGAGGACUUUGAGCCGACGCGACCUGUCAUUGAGACUUCAGAUGAAGGCCCAUUCCUGUACCUAUCUCCGGAUUACGAAGAGAGUGAUGGCGUGGUAUCGAUUAGAGAGGAUACGCAUAACACCUUUUUCAGGGAUUUACAGGCGCAGUGGGCCGAAAUAGCUGAGGAGGAAGUGUUGAAACAUGAGAAGUUGAACAUAUUUCCCAUAUAUGACUUUCCAAGUUUCAUUGACUGGCGUUUGAAUGUAGUAACAAUAACAUUCAAAUUGUACAACCCUUUCGAGCAAUUGGGUUCAUGGGUUAACUGCUGCAACUCGCCGGUGAAGAUCAAUUGCCGUUCUGCAGAUACAGGUGCUACGUACGAUGAAUCGAACACCGUCGUUACUCCCAUGAAGACAGUUCAGUUUACGCUUGAUCUUAGGGUUCCAUGUAAGCACGCGUUAAGAUACGUCUGCUGGUCCAUGGGUCUUGAUCCUGCGCAUGUGUUAUUUUAUUCGCACCCUCCGCACAGGGUAGAGUCUAUCUGGUUGCGCCCAGCGUCUAUCGACGACUUUUACCACCGAGACGGCUCGCUUGGCUUAGUGCAAAAACCGUUGUCCGAUCUUUUCUCGACGCUUGGCAAGGCUGUGCGUCACGAUGGAGAAUACCCGGAUUCUAUUAUACGAUCCGGUAGCAUAAACAGCAACGCACAGUGCAGCGAUCAAAGUUUAGAGAGUUCACGCCAGAACGAUUUCAAUAAUUCAAUAUGCAAUGACGUCGGGUACGACCAGGGCAUAUGCACAAUGGGUAUGCUGGCGUAUUCGAGAUACAACAGGUCCAGCAGCGAUAUGGGCUGUGUAGACACCGGGAGAACGAUACGAUCUGCGGAUAUGGCACCCAUAACUCCUCUGAUGUCAGCGUUUAACAUUGGUAUGGCCAAGCACAGCAGUGUGGUCUCUAUGGCUGUAUUCCCCCAGUCCUAUAGCGACAUAUUGACGAAGUGUGAUGAUCGAACAUUACAUUUCACUGUGCAAAUCUUCAACCACCGUGUUGAGUGUAUCGGAGUCUGCAUGGGGAAUGCUCCAUCGGACGUUACAGUGGCCCAGUUGUGCGACAUGGUGAGGCACACUGUAAAAUUGGACACCAACGUGAAACUACGCAUGGUUGAGUGUCUUUCCGACGCCUUUUCAGUCGUAGAUCCGUCGAGUCUGGUGCGUGAUCUCCCACAUUACGUCAACACCAAUAUUCGCAAUCUCCUGGCGGCGCCGCUGAGGGUGGAACCUGAUUGGUCAGUUGAAGACCAGGAGCAACUGCAGAGCAAACAGCUAUUGCCUCUAACGGUGUUACACCAGACUUCAGACCACGAAACGUUUGGUCACCCUUUCCAGGUACUCGUGGACCCGUGUUGGACCAUGGCGGAGAUAAAGUGCGCAAUAAAGGAGAAGCUAAAGUUACCCAAGCGUGAGUGGGACCGUUGGUCCUUCUUUCAGCAGAUGGAUAAUUACAAUCGUACGUGGAAAGCGAACGAUGAUGUCCUUGAUUGGGAAAAAAGCCAUGAUAUCAAGCUACUUGCGGAGCAUCCAAAGCCUUAUGACAAGUCCCGGAGCUUUUGCGCAAUGAGGAUCGGGUAA